AUGCCAUUUCAGUUCACUCGCAUAAAUCUUUCUUAUAUCUGCUCGCCUCAGCUGCACUGGUUUGCAGUUUCGGCCUCUUCUCUCCGCGCCUCAUCAUCGCCUCAAAUCCGAUUCCGGCCCGGAUCAUUGGGUCCAUCUCGGAAAUGCCAUCCAAUCGGGUCCUGUCCACCCCAAUCUACCAGAGCCGAAAGAGGAUGCUUCGAAGAGCACGAAGAAGGCAACAAAUCGCUUUCUGUCGUCAAGCCCGACAGCAGAUUAGCUCAGUUUUGCCUCGACUCCACCAACAGCCUCGGUCUCAACUGGCUGUUCCACACAAGCAUUCAAUUCAGCCAGAGACCAGUUGAAGUGGGUCUAGCUCGACAACAAACGGUUGUCAAAACGAUGCGCAGGAGUCUUAGAGUCGGGUUCCAGUCGCGGCCUCAACGAAGCUCAAUCGAGAGGGCAGAAGAGCACAUUUUCUGUCCACCAGCGUCUGCCUGCAAGGCCUACCGAUACCACCGGAAGCAGACUGUCAUGGAAUCGAGUUUGAUGGAACCUGCCCACUCGACGUUGUCACGAACGUUGUGGCCGAAGCCGUGGGAAAAGGCCAAUUCGGUUGGGCAAAGUGGACGGCAAAGACGACAACAGUCGCUAUGUCGAGUAGCAAAUGUCCUCGUCGGAGAUGAGAUAAUCUGGAGGCGGAAGUGA